UUCUAAACUUCGAAAAACUUGAGGUUUCCGCUUUGUUGUUCCUCCAGAAUUUGAGAAGAUUUUUAUAUCACAAUUUUCAAGAGUUUUCUUGUGUCACCACCGUCCAAAUGACCCACGAGAACGACCUUCCCAAAGCAGUUCAAGCACAAGAAGAAAAACUUUACAAAGAGUUUGUCUUGCUUGUAGACGACUUAUUGUUCUUGUGUCUGAACUCUAACAACUUGUCGAGUUCCUUUUCGUUGGCAGCCUACUUUUUCAGUGUCGUUUUUAUAAAAGAAGUUUCAACUUGUGGUGAAAUAGGUCGUAUUAUAAAGGAAAAAUGGUUUACAUGGCUCAGCUAUUUUCAUGGACAUUUCCCCGUCACUUGCUUCCCUGAAAUUUUGUGUUUAACUAAGUUGUACGAAAUACUUGCUCCAAAAUUCACACCUUCCACGAAUGCUUAACUUUGUU